AUGCUUCGGUCCUGUUGUCCACGACGCCAAUCUUCGCUCCUUUUGCAAGUGCAAGUGAUACUCAAGACUAGAUUUGUUCAUUCUCGUAUUCCUCCUGGUGUCAAGCAUCCGUCCAUCUUUGCGCCCGCACCUGCUCCUGAACCUCUGUCCAGCAUGGCCCCUCCUCCGCAACCAGACCUCCCCCGUCCUGCACAUGCAGACCGCGAUUCUGCACUUGGCCGCAAGUUUGGAAAAGAAGUGACCAAUUAUUUUGGAGGCUCGCCUCUGAACAGACUGUCGUUCCUUCGAGAGGACCAUGACUUCCUCGCCAAAGCAUUCGCUCAUCCUGCCACUCGAUUCCUGGUGUUCAACAAUUUGUCUCCUCUGAUCAAGUCACCUACCGAGAUUCAUUAUGCGACCUACGACGAUAUCAAAACUCUGGUCCCCUCGAAUCCCUUUGAAAAGACGGAAAAAGAGAUGAUUGAAGAGUUCAACUCUCAGAUAGACAAACCACAGUUGGUCUUCUUGGGCGUGGAUGAGAAUGUGAAGGACGGUCUGAAGUACAGGCAUUUCAGCGGGGCUCCUCAUUGGGCUAUAGACAUAACACCGAAAAAGACAUAUGAAAAGGAAGCGAAGGCGCUGAUCGAGCAUUUCUUGGCCUCGGGGUUGAAAUUCAGCGAGGGAAUGAGAGCCAUGAGCUUCCCGGCCGAUGUUGCUGCCGAAUACGCCCAAGGUCGUCACUAUCUCGAUUGGAAUUACCGUAACACCUUCUGCGGCACUUGCGGCCACAAGACACUCUCCGUUCAUGCAGGAGGCAAGCGAAUAUGCCCUCCCAAGGACCAGGCCGAGAACCCACCAGAGCGUGAGCCAUGCGCGACGCGAACAACCCUGUCGAAUCUCACUUUCCCAAGGACAGACCCGACUAUUAUUGUGGCAGUACUUAGCCAUGAUAGCAAACGACUACUUCUUGGUCGUCAGAAACGGUGGCCACCGUACUGGUUUUCUACAUUGGCGGGAUUCAUUGAGCCGGCAGAAAGCGUCGAGGACGCUGUCCGGAGAGAGGUCUGGGAAGAAAGCGGGGUGGUCUUGUCGCGGGUCAUCAUCCAUUCGACACAGCCGUGGCCGUAUCCAGCCAACUUGAUGAUCGGAGCCAUUGCACAAGUCGCAAGCCCUGAAGAUGAAGAGAUCAAGCUUGAACAUGAUCCCGAGUUGGAGAUCGCCAAGUGGUUCACCCUGGAGGAAGUCCAGGAGGCCUUGAAGAAUGGGACCAGUGGACUGGGUGAGGAUGCUCCUGCAGGGUACAAGGUGGGCAAUUUGCGGUUACCUCCAAAGACAGCCAUUGCCAAUCAGCUCAUCACGGCGGUUGUCGAAGGUGGAUUCAUGGAGGGUGUGACACCCUUGGCCACCGCCAACAAGCUAUCAUGA